UGCGUGACAGUUGUCUCCUCUCCUCACCGCCAGUCUGCUUCAUCUGUAGCUGCAGCUACGAACCGAGAGGUCAAACAACAGCCGAUUUAACAGCGAACUCCGGGAGAAAAAUGCUUUAUAAACAGUAAACUGUCCAACGGAAGUGACUGCAGUAUUAUAACAUUCAAGAGCAGCGGCUCUCUACCAGUGGACCUUCGAGACCAGUGACUGUCCACCAUGUUAUCCAGGUUGAGAACAUCCUGGUCCCUGAGGCCCUGUGUCUCUGUUUGCAGAUGGGCACACACCAAAGAGAAGGGCAAACCCCUCAUGCUCAACCCUCGCACCAACAAAGGCAUGGCCUUCACUCUGCAGGAGAGACAAAUGUUGGGAAUACAUGGUCUGUUGCCUCCCAAAGUGGAGACUCAGGACACUCAAGCCAUGCGCUUUCAGAAUAAUCUCAAGAAAAUGACUGAUCCCCUAGGGAAGUACGUCUACUUGAUGGGCAUCCAGGAAAGGAAUGAGAGGCUUUUCUAUAGGGUGUUGAUGGAAGACAUUGAGGAAUUGAUGCCAAUUGUCUACACUCCCACUGUAGGCCUGGCCUGCACACAGUAUGGACACAUCUUUAGGAGACCCAAAGGCUUGUUCAUCUCCAUUCGGGACAGAGGACACGUCCGUUCCAUCCUGGACAACUGGCCAGAGACUAAUGUUGCAGCAGUAGUAGUAACUGAUGGAGAGCGUAUUUUAGGAUUAGGAGACCUGGGUGUUUAUGGAAUGGGCAUCCCUGUCGGAAAACUUUGCCUGUACACUGCCUGUGCUGGCAUAAGACCCGAGAGAUGUCUGCCUGUGGCGAUAGAUGUUGGCACAGACAAUGAGACUCUCCUGAAGGAUCCGCUGUACAUGGGCCUGUACCAGAAGCGAGAUCGCUCUCAAGCCUACGAUGAUCUGAUUGAUGAGUUCAUGGAAGCGGUGGUGGAGAAGUACGGUCAGGACACACUGAUCCAGUUUGAGGACUUUGGGAACCACAAUGCUUUCCGCUUCCUCAGGAAGUACAGGGAGAAGUACUGCACCUUCAACGAUGACAUCCAAGGCACUGCAUCUGUAGCUCUUGCUGGUCUGUUAGCAGCUCAGAGAGCCAUUGGCAAACCCAUCACUGAACACCGGGUGCUUUUCCUGGGAGCUGGAGAGGCUGCCCUUGGUAUUGCCAAUCUGAUUGUUAUGGCCAUGAUGGAGACGGGCAUGACCCAAGCUGAUGCCAGAAAAAGGAUCUGGAUGUACGAUAAACAUGGCCUACUUGUAAAGGACAGACCACAGGAAACUGACUCUAACCAGGAGGCAUUUGUCCAUGACAGUCCCGGGAGUGUACAGAGCUUCCUAGAUGCUGUCAACACCAUUAAACCCACAGCUAUCAUCGGUGUGUCAGGAGCUGGACGUCUGUUCACCCACGACGUCUUAAAGUCCAUGGGAACCCUGAACGAACGACCAAUCAUCUUUGCCCUGAGUAACCCAACCACUAAAGCAGAGUGCACAGCAGAGGAUGCCUACACACUCACUGAUGGUAGAUGCCUUUUCGCCAGUGGCAGUCCGUUCGGUCCAGUGACCCUGAGUGAUGGCCGCGUCAUCACUCCAGGACAGGGGAACAACGCUUACAUCUUCCCAGGUGUGGCCUUGGCUGUGAUCCUGAGUGGAGUGAGACACAUCAGUGACACAGUAUUCCUCGAGGCUGCCAAGACUCUUGCAGAGCAGCUGACGGAUAAAGAGCUGGAAGAAGGCAGACUCUAUCCUCCUCUCUCCAACAUCAGAGAGGUCUCGGUCCAGAUGGCUGUCAAGGUGGUGGAGUAUGUCUAUGCUAAAGGCAUGGCGUUCCGCUACCCUGAGCCAGUGGACAAAAACGCCUUUGUACGUGCCACUGUGUGGGACACCAACUACGACUCCUUCCUGCCAGACACCUACGACUGGCCAGGCGUCAGCUUCACCCCCAAGACUGACUCAAAGUAGAACCGACUCUCACUGUGCCCCAUGUCACAAUGUCACUCUUCCUUUGUUUUCCACUUAAGUCUCAUUCACAGAUCUUUUGAGAUGACCUUUGUUAUCUUAGUGCAAACAUCUGCUUAUGAGAAAAGGCAGUAGAAGCCCCUUACUGCUGCUUUUCACUUACUGCAUUUGCACUAAACCAAUCUUAUUAGAUCUGUGAAAAGGUAGAGUGGGAAAUGGCUUCUGAAAGAGGACAUUUGAAUGGAAAUGGUCAUUUUCACUUCACAUCCGAGUUCUUUAUCACCUCUGCAUCACAUGUAAACCUGCAUUGUCCCUGGAGGGCCACCUAGUGGUGGAAAAAGGCAGUGUGGAAAUCUGGUUUCAUUGUUGAAACCUUGAGAUACAUUUUAAUUAUCAUAAAUAACCUGGGAAUGAAAUACCCUUUUGUCAGGAAAGGUCAUGCUAUUGUCAAAGGCAGUCACUCCAUGUAAUAUUGAUUCUAAUUUGGUGCAAAAUUGUUUAUGUUGUGUACACUCCUGAUGCAGAAUGUAGUCUUUGAUUAGCACUGAGUCCACUUACUACUAUUGUAACUAUAUGUAGCUACCUGGAAAUUGACAAACUUAAUGCACAAAUUUUAACAUGCAGUAUAGACAUUGCCUUUUUUCACAACAAGUGGACCUCUGGUGGCUUCACUGAUCCAACCAAUGCCUGGUGUAAGACUCCCUUUUAACCUAUGCUUAAAUCAGGCUACAUUGGUUGUCAGAGAAGGUCUAGUAGAGUGGAGGGUUACAGUACUCAGCCUUUGUGUUCAAAUUAAGAGAGGAAGAGCAGAAACAAUGCUACUCAGGGGAGAAAUGGAGUGAGAAUUUAGAGAAAGACCUUAGAAAAUGGUUUUAUGAAGGGAAAUGACAUGAAAUUUAUAUCUAAAAACAUGUGAGCAACCAACCUCCACUCCAGCAUUUUAUUUGUGUGAAGGGUUUCAACAUGUUGUGUUUGUUCCUCUGAAGUUAUUUUAUUUUUGGGGGGUGUAUUUAGAUGUUUUGUCAUUGUGCUGUAUAUUAAUUUGAAAGCCUGUCAUUGACACUCCUAGAAUGCGUUUUGGUAAGAAGAAUCUCUAAAAUUAACUCUUGGUAAGUGUGAUAUACAAAAUAUACCCUAAAUAUAAAGAAACAAUGUGCAGUAUCACAUGAUUGGAUAAACAUUAUUUUCUAUUUGAAUUAUAUUUUGUUUACUGUACAUGUCCUUUUGUGGAAUCUGGUAUUUAUAAAGUUGUGUUAAGUACAUCCGUGUGUGUUGGCAGGUUGGUGUAUGGGCUUUGCUCCUUGGAACAUAUUCAACAAAACAACAGACUUAUAGGUUAUAAUCAUGUACUAUGAUAAUUUAUAAUAACUUAUAACACAGUCACAUUUAUCUAAUAUUGACACAAGAAAAAGGUAAAGCUUUGCUUCUGCAACUAUAUUUAUAUAACAUCUUUCAACCAGGCAGUUCAAAGUGUUAUACAUAAAAGAUAAAAGGCAUUAACAAAAACACAAGCCAAUAUUCAAAGAAAUAAGGAUAAUACAGAUGAACCAGAAGAAUAAAAAUUACAGUGCAGUGCAAGAUAUGAAUAAAUAGUCAAUUUAUUUUAAUAAAAGGCAGCGGCAAACAGUACAACCAUUAAACGUUGAUUUAAUGCAGAGCAUCAAGUUUAUAAUAAUAAACAUAACAAUAAUAAUACAGAUUUUAUUUAAAAUUCGUCAUUCGGCAUAAAAAGAUAGUGAUCAAGUAGCUAUUCAAGGAAACUUCUUGAAACUGACAUUUUGACCUUUUUAAUGUGGUUUUCAUCAUCACCACACAUUCUGAAAAAACUGUUUCUGCUCAUGUCCAUGUCCCAAAACCAUCCUUACUGGCACUGUUAAUGUACAGUACUUGAUGUUAAACCAAGUAUAAUGCUAUCACCGUCAGCUAUAACUAUCUGAAAUUUCACUCAUUUUUGUAUUGUAUUGUAUUAUGUAUGUAUACAAACAUUUGUAGUGAGUGUUUAUUUUUGAUGUGACAGGUCUAACUUAUUAUACAUUAACCAUCCAGUGUUCUCCUGUCAGCUAUACAGUUAAAUAGUCACAGUUAUAGCAGAUGGCAGCAUCCUCAAGCCAUAAUGUAUUUCAAGAUAUUUUAUUAACGUUAUUCCAGUUAUGUUUUCCUAAUAUUUUACAUCUAUAUUUCAGAUUAAUGUAUUGCAAUUAUUUCAGUGAGACAUGUGACAGUCCACCUGCCAAGAUCUUUCAUUUUGCUCUGUACUCUUUCUGGCUGCAGUCUAUUAUAAUAAGUGAGCUAAAGAUCUAAAAUGGUGUGUUCAAUGUAAAAUGUGAGAAUUGAGAAACCCUGACCAUGUACACAAACACAUACAACCAUACAGCUAACAUGUGUUUAAGUCUGAAAAAGUAACACAUUACAUUAAAACUACCAAUUAGUCUAUUUUAUUUGUACUAUUUCCUUACACACAGCUUUUAAGGGCAUUGGCAGUAUCACGCUUGAGUCUUCAAUGUGUUUAAAUAUAUAUUCUAGGCUGCUGUGUAAAUUGUAAUCUCAGGAUAUUGUAUUAGGACCUUCUAACCACCUGCAUUGAAGUGCCUGCACGAUGUUCAGUAUGUGUUCAUAAUCACUUAAUGUUCCUGAUGUAGACCUCACAGCAUGCUGCAGGCAGAGCUGAGGAACAACUCAACAGCACUAUGAGCAAUUGCGUAGUGGUCAAUGUGCAGCUUUUUCUCUGAUAGACUUCAGGUUGUGAACACAUAUUAUUAAAGACAAAGUUAUCUACCUAUCUAUAUUUUUAAAUAGUUUUAUUUAAAAGAAAGUACUGAGAAACAGUUUAACUGCAUUACCUGUUGUGUCACCUGUCUGUCCAGUUCUCAAUAAUUGUAAUCAUCAAGUAUGAGUUUUUACUGUGAUCAUGUGACUCUUGUCGUCCCCAUAAGGAAGAUUUACUCCACGUGUCAUUGAAGUGUGCAUUCAUAUAGUGCUGUGUCCUUCUUGUCUGUGUUUUUGAAGUUUAUUUUUGUUACACAGUGAUAUUGCCUCAGUGUUCUUCUAUGGUUUGUACUCAGAGAGCAACAUAUUUGUGCUAUGUGCUGUUGAAAGUGCAGAAUAAAAACUGUUUUAUACUGGC